AUGAGUCAACCUAUAAGUCAAAGUACCACUAAUGCCACUAAUACCACUAAUACCACUAAUACCACUAAUGCCACUAAUGCCACUAAUGCCACUAAUACCACUAAUGCCACUAAUUCCUCUCAAAGUAAAUGCCGCCCCACUAACAAAUAUAUAAAUCUUGAAGAUAGCCUUAAUUGGAAAGUAAAUAUGGAAGAUCAUUCUUUUAAUAUUUAUAACCAAUAUCAGUAUGAUGGAGUAAUGAAAUAAAUUAUAAUUAGGAUAUAGAUAUGCAAGAACUAUAUCAAUUUGAUCUAGCAGAAGAACAAAUUGCUAACACUUAGGAAAGUGAUGAAUGAAUUUGCAAUUAUUAUUCCGC